AUGACCAGGGAGGCUGUGCGCUGGCUUAACGCGGCCCUGGCAGGAGAGAAGCUGGAUGCGGGUCGCGUCUUUGAAGAAACAGAGCUUCAGAGCCAGGAAAAUGACCCAGGUCUCCUUGAUGGUGGUGCUAACAUCUUGAGAAGGGGAGAAUAUUUAAGAGAUGCUUCAAAGAAGAUGAAAAAUGGGCUUAUGUUUGUAAAAUUGGUUAAUCCAUGCUCAGGCGAAGGAGCCAUGUACUUGUUCAAUAUGUAUCUACAGCAGCUGUUUGAAAUAAAAGUUUUCAAGGAAAAACACCGUUCUUGGUUUAUAAAUCAAUCAGUUCAAUCUGGAGGCCUUCUCCACUUUGUCACGCCCCUGGACCCUCUCUUUCUGCUUCUCUACUACCUCAGAAAGGCUGAGAAAGAGGGAAAGUUUCAGCCUCUAAAUCAAGUUGUGGUGGAUGACGUGUUUCCAGAUUGCAUCUUGUUGCUGAAACUUCCUGAUCUUGAGAAGGUACUUCGGCACGUGACAGAGGAGAAAGAAAUAGGCAACAAGAAAUAUUACAAGUACAGCCGAGAAAAGACGUUAAAGUGGCUGCAAAAGAAGGUUAAUCAAACUAUUGCAGCAUUAAAAACCAAUAAGGUAAAUGUCAGUGCCCGGGUACAGUCAACUGCAUUUUUCUCUGGUGACCAGGUGUCCAGUGACAAGGAAGAGGAUUAUAUUUGUUAUGCCCAUGGCCUGAUAUCUGAUUAUCUCCCUAAAGAAUUAAGUGAUGAUUUAUCUAAAUACUUAAAGCUUCCAGAACCUUCAGCUUCAUUGCCAAACCCUCCAUCAAAGAAAAUAAAGUUAUCAGAUGAGCCUGUAGAAGCAAAAGAAGAUUACACUAAGUUUAACACUAAAGAUUUGAAGACUGAAAAGAAAAAUAGCAAAAUGUCUGCUGCUCAAAAGGCUUUGGCUAAAGUUGACAAGAGUGGAAUGAAAAGUAUUGAUACCUUUUUUGGUGCAAAAAAUAAAAAAAAAAUUGGAAAGAUUUGAAAUUUUGAAAAUGAAAUAUAGCAAAAAUAUUUGCUUUUUACAUGUUUCAUUUCCAUCCUUCCUCCAUGCUGCUGGACUUCCUGAUCCUUAAUCACCACCUUUGGGGGAAAAAAAAGAUGGCAAUUUUCAGUGACUUUCAAAAAUUCACUUGAACAUUUCUUUGUAUUUGAUUUUUGUGUUCCUGAACAAAAUAUGGGAAAGUAAUAAUGGAACUGCAUGGCUUGUGGCCUUUGGAGUAUUGUUUGACAUAAUGAAAAGUAAUCAUGUGAGUAGAAUUUAACAUAUAAUAGCGUCCCAAUUUCCUCAAUAAAUGACGUGUACAAUA